AGCCACCAAAACCUGAGUGCAAAUUACAAACUGCAGAACUUUCCUGUUCAAAGGAAAACAGAAAAAAAACCAGGUGCAAAUUACCAUUCCUUUAAAAAAAUGUUCUUUACAGUGUCAUGGGUAGACUCUGGGAAGCUGGUGACACUGGGAAGCCUCCUGUUGCUGAUCUUCUCACAAAUACUGGUAAAAGAGACUAUGUCCCCCACCCUGAUGGAUAUGUCUCUGCAUUCCUUUGAUGACCAGUAUCUGGGGUGCAGAGGGGAGAUGAUGGAAGAACUGGAGCAAGGAGACUAUUUUCAAAAGGAAAUAGCUGCUAACAAAGACCACUUGCAUCUCUGGAAGAAGGCUCAGGAGGCUUUGCUAAAGAGCUCUGUAGGUCUCCUGAGGGCAAUGUGUGACAGCCAUGCCACAGUCCUCAUGGCUUGCACCAUGAACUCCCCCCUGCACUCGCAGCUCAACUGGGCUACAUCUACAGCAGGAAUCUCUCCAGAGCACUAUAGACACAAGUUCAGUUUUAAAUAUUUUCACUUCUACCUAACAACUGCUAUCCAGAUAUUGAAGGAAUGGCAGAGCAGCACGGGGGAACAUAAGUGCUACCAGGUACACAGGGGUGUAAAGGACUUACAAAUGGAGGCCAAGGUAUGCAGCAGGGGGUGAUUUGGCCAUUUCACUUCCCUCAGGAAUGAAGCCUGGAAGUUUGGGAAUGAAACUUUUUGAAGUUUUGGGAAAGAAACAGUGACCACUUGCCUGGGAGCAGCUAUGCAAGGCUUUUCUUACCACACAUCUGAGAAGGAAGUGCUCAUUCUCCCUUAUGAGAUAUUUCUUGUCAAAAGCUUCUUUCAGACCCAGCAGCUGCAUCUGCAUUCUGUGGGGAGCGACAGCAAGUACCAGUGCCAGCUGGUAGAAGCUUCAAGAAGCAGGUGCAAUGGUUAUACUGCACUCACCUCUACCAUUCUCCCUAGUGUGCUUGGAGAGUUUCCCUGUAGGAAGAAAGUUAUCUAUGGCCUUUCUGAAGACUAG